GUGGCAAAAUGGAUCGGGCAGUUCCAACUAGUCAGUCCUAAAGAGGGCCACAGCCUCGGCCCGAGGAGAGGCAGGCCCCGCCCCCAGGAGCCCCCUGCCAGAGCCGAACACAACCGACCUUAGGCGGCUGCAGCCUGAGGGUGGAAACCGACCAAAUUCCCAGGAAUCUCCAGCCUGUGGGGAAGACACAACCCUAGCCUCAGGAGCCACAUUCCUGCCCUCCAGGGGCCCAAAGCGGAUUUCUACAAACCAAGGUCCAAGAACUUCUUGGUGGGACGCUGCCAGCCCCGGGCGGGGGACAGCGAACGCAGCCAAAGCCCAGUCCUAACUCAGUGGAAGCAGUUAGGCUUUUCCUUACAAGCCAGAUGGGAUCCCCGGGCCCCAGGGUGCAUGGGACUGGUGCUCUGGGGCAGCUUCGGAGCAUCCAUUGCAGCCGGCCACCUCCUCCCCAUACCCCGCGGGCUUUUGCACACGACGCGCGGCGGGCCGCUUCACACGGGGUGGCGAGGGCGAGAUAAAGCGGGCAGACGCGGGACGCGGAGAGGCGGGAGCGCUCUGCGCGCAAAGCGGGGACUGGAGCCGGACGAUCCCAAGGCGACCCCAGCGCGGCCGGGGCCCGAGCAGGCGCGAGGCGGAGAGGUGGGCUGGGGGAGCGAGUAGGACGACGGGCACGGCGCGCGGAGCUCACCCCGCAGGUGAGUCCGCGCCCCCGAGUGUCCCGAGCGCCACUUCCGGGACUCACUUCACCGGGCGUCCGCGCGCCGCUUCCCGACCUAGCUCCCGGCGCGCGGGGCCGCAUGAAGGCCACGGAUAAGCAACAUUUGUUGGACGCCAGGCGCGGAGCCCGUUCUUAUACGGGAUCUCUGUGGCAGGAUGGGGCUGGCUGGGUUUCUCUGCCUCCACCUGGCGUGGAUUUGCCAGCCAUUGAGCUGGCUGUGGAGAGCAAUCAUUACUGUCACACUCAGAAGAGUCCUGGCAGUCACUGUGACCCCAAGAAGGAGCGGGCCCGUCGUCAGCUUUAUGUGGCCUCUGCCAUCUGCCUGGUGUUCAUGAUUGGGGAAGUAGUUGGUGGGUACCUAGCACAUAGCUUGGCUAUCAUGACCGACGCAGCCCAUCUGCUCACUGACUUUGCCAGCAUGCUCAUCAGCCUCUUCUCCCUCUGGAUGUCUUCCCGGCCGGCCACCAAGACCAUGAACUUCGGCUGGCAGCGAGCUGAGAUCCUGGGAGCCCUACUCUCCGUGCUGUCCAUCUGGGUCGUGACUGGGGUACUGGUGUACCUGGCAGUGGAGCGGCUGAUCUCUGGGGACUAUGAGAUCGAAGGGGACACUAUGCUGAUAACAGCAGGCUGUGCUGUGGCCAUAAACAUCAUAAUGGGGUUGACUCUUCACCAGUCUGGCCACGGGCACAGCCACAGCCAUGGAAACAGCCACAACCCCAGCCAGCAGCAGGAGAACCCCAGUGUUCGAGCUGCCUUUAUCCACGUGAUUGGAGACUUGCUGCAGAGCUUGGGUGUCCUGGUGGCAGCCUAUAUUUUAUACUUUAAGCCAGAGUACAAGUACGUAGACCCCAUCUGCACCUUCCUUUUCUCCAUCCUGGUCCUGGGGACAACCUUGACCAUCCUGAGAGACGUGAUCCUGGUGCUGAUGGAAGGGACGCCCAAAGGCGUGGACUUCACAGCUGUGCGGGAUUUGCUGCUGUCCGUGGAGGGGGUGGAAGCCUUGCACAGCCUGCAUAUCUGGGCGCUGACUGUGGCCCAGCCCAUGCUGUCUGUCCACAUUGCCAUUGUCCCGCACUCCCGCCACCGUCCGCAGAGGGCCGGGCACGCAGUUGAUGUCUCUCCCAUCUAUCUGUUCGCUAAAUAUUCGUGGCGCACCUGCCAGGCCAGAGAGAUGACACGACCCUGCCCUUCUGGGACUCCCAGCCAGUCCUGUGGCCGGACGGUGUACGGCAGCAAGGCAGCAUGAACAGUGCCAGGACUAAGAAAAACUCCGGGCUGUAAAAACGCAAAGGAGACCAAACCGAUCUGGAAUAGGGAGGGGGUCAGGCAAGCCGCUGGAACAGGCUAGGAUUUGAAAGACAAGUAAAAGUGAGCUCCGCGGAGGGAUCAGCGCCAGCAAGAGGCACCGCAACAGAGAAAGCGCGGUGCAGUUGGGGACCGACAAAGGCAGCUGGGUUGGAGGGUGGGGCGAGGCCCCGCCCCCUCCGGGCA